ACUUACUGGGCCUCCUGCCUGGGUUGUGGCACCUCCGCCAAAAUUUCGAAUCGAGCGAACAUCACGCCCGGUCGACUAACCUUUACAGCCAUCCCGACCCAGGAACAACCGCCGUCAAGAUGGUUUCCGCCAAGAAGCACGUCCCAAUCGUGAAGAAGCGCACGACGCGCUUCAACCGUCACCAGAGUGACCGGUUCAAGUGCCUCGAUGCCAGCUGGCGCAAGCCCAAGGGUAUCGACAACCGUGUCCGGAGACGCUUCCGUGGCACCAUGGCCAUGCCCUCGAUCGGCUUUGGCUCCAACAAGAAGACCCGCUACAUGAUGCCCUCCGGCCACAAGGCUUUCCUUGUCAGCAACGUCAAGGACGUCGAGCUCCUGAUGAUGCACAACCGCACCUACGCCGCUGAGAUCGCCCACAACGUCUCCUCCCGCAAGCGAAUUGACAUCAUCGCCCGCGCGAAGCAAUUAGGCGUCAAGGUCACCAACGCCAAGGCCAAGGUCACGACCGAGGUGUAAAAGGGGAGAGGCGAGAGAGAAAACCUUGCCCCAGGGGAAGGUGUUUUACCACAGCCGGGGGAAACCAACGACGAGCGAGGGUGGCGGCAGCGGAGGUGGUUUCAUAUUGGGAAAAGAAUCCGAGAAAAAAAAACUCGAUUUGCGGUUCUGGAACCAACUGUUCCACCUCUCUCCUCCCUCCCUUCCUCCUCCUUCUCCUUUCUGCUUUGGCCACCAAACAAACAAACGGGUUGCAUCGGGAAUGGGGUUUUGCGUUGCGUUGACGGGUAAAAACGUUUGUUGCUCUUAUCGCACUUGACGGGGCGCGGACACGGGAUCUCCUGGCAUUGUAUUUGUCCACUGCUAGAGAGAAUAUGACGCACCUAUUGACGACACGCCGUUGGCACCUUGUGUGCGCCCUGCGUUGACAACGUGAUGAUGUAUAUCCUUGUUCCGACUAUAUCAUAAUUCACGCCUCGUACUCAUCAUGGCCAAGUCAAGC